AACCUGGAUCUUGAUCAGUCUAAUUACACUCUGAUUGAUCUCAAAAGUUCCUUUCAAUUCUCUUCUCAAGUCAAUUCAGUUGCCUAUACAGGUCUGAAUCAUUUUUUAUAUUUAAUACACUAGUCCGAUUGAAGUUGAAUUUUGCUUCAUAUUGUUCGGAUUAUAACUAAGGUUUGUGAGUUUGAUCAACAAUGCUGGAUUCAAUUCUAAUAAACUUCUGUGAUUUCAGAGAAUUAUUGUGACUGGAGAUUUGUGAAUUAAAUCAUGGCACAGAGUAGUUGGGAAGCUGAUAAAAUGCUGGAUGUGUACAUCCAUGACUACUUGUUGAAACGGAAGUUGCAUGCAUCUGCAAAAGCUUUUAUGUCUGAAGGGAAGGUUGCUACAGAUCCUGUAGCUAUUGAUGCACCGGGGGGCUUUCUCUUUGAAUGGUGGUCUGUCUUCUGGGACAUUUUUAUUGCAAGGACUAACGAGAAACAUUCUGAGGCAGCUGUAGCUUACAUUGAGACACAACAAAUGAAAGCAAAAGAACACCAACAACAGCUUCAAAUGCAGCAGAUGCAUCUUUUACAACAAAGAAAUGCUCAAUUGCAAAGGAGGGAUCCUAAUCAUCCUCCUCUAGGUGGUCCUGUUAAUGCUAUGAACACUGAUGGAAUGAUGGGAAAACCAUCACCCAGUACACUGGGUAUGAAAAUGUAUGACGAACCCAUGAAGUCUUCUCAUUCUAUGGAUUCCGAAACUUCUCCUGCUCUUCUUGAUGCUAGUAGGAUGGCCCUUCUCAAGUCAGCCACGGAUCAUCAAGGACAACUAGUACAAGGGAAUUCUCCAAAUAUGUCAACCAGUUUGCAGCAAAUUCAGGGAAGGUCUCAGCUAAACUCGGAAAUUAAACAGGAAGUCAAUAUGGGUAACACACAGAAAUCCUUGCCCACAGAUCCUUCAUCAAUUUAUGGACAGGCUAUUUUGCAGUCGAAGUCUGGAUUGGGUAAUACAGGAUUGAAUCAAGGUGUUACUGGUCUUCCCUUGAAGGGCUGGCCUCUGACCGGAAUUGAACAACUUCGCCCGGGCUUAGGUUUGCAAGUGCAUAAACCUAAUAUGCAGAACCCAAAUCAGUUCUAUCUGGCAUCACAACAACAGCAGGUAUUGGCACAUGCCCAGGCACAAGCCAACCUGGGAGCAUCACCCAAUUAUGGAUUUGCCGGAUUACCUAGAAGUAAUUUAGUCAUGAAGGAUGGUCAAGCCACUAGAAACGAGGGAUCUGUUUCUGUUGGCUCCCCUGGACAAAUGAAUUCACCCAAGAUGAAGAUGCCACAAAUGCAACAAUCGUCUUCACAACACGACCAGUUGCAGCAACAGCAACUCCAGAUGCAACAGCAACAGAACAAUAGAAAAAGAAAACAACAUUCUUCAUCUGGACCAGCUAACAGUACAGGUACAGGGAAUACAGCGGGACCCUCACCAAGCUCUCCAGCAUCAACUCAUACACCUGGUGAUGGGGUAACCACAGCUAGUAGUCUACAGCACGUAAACAAUGUUCAGAAAAGCAUGAUGAUGUAUGGUGCAGAUGGAACAGGUGGCAUCGCUUCGUCAACUAAUCAGCUGGAUGACAUCGAGCACUUCGGAGAUGUUGGUCCCCUGGACGAUAAUGUCGAAUCUUUUCUACAACAUGAUGCAGGAGAUUAUAGCACAUUAAAGCAGACGAUUACAGAGCACAAGACUGGGUCUUCUAAGGGUUUUUCUUUUGGUGAGGUCGGAUGUAUACGGACAAGAAAUAAGGUCACAUGCUGCCAUUUUUCUUCUGAUGGGAAGCUGUUAGCUAGUGCGGGCCAUGACAAAAAGGCUGUGUUGUGGAACAUGGAUACCUUACAAACUGAGAGCACCCCUGAAGAACAUCAAUAUGUAAUUACUGAUAUUCGGUUUCGUCCAAAUUCAACUCAGCUAGCAACUGCAUCCUUUGAUAAGUCUGUGCGGAUAUGGGAUGCAGCUAAUCCAAGCUAUUGUUUGCAUGCUCAUACUGGGCAUACGGCACAUGUUAUGUCACUAGAUUUUCAUCCCAAGAAGAAUGACCUUUUCUGUUUCUGUGAUAGUAACAAUGAAAUCCGAUAUUGGAAUCUCAGCCCUUUCCAGUGCACUCACAUCUCUAAGCAAGGAGGAAGUGCACAAGUGCGAUUCCAGCCUGUAACCGGACAUUUACUGGCGGCAGCAUCUGACAAAGUUGUCUCAAUUUUCGAUGUUGAAAACGAUAGGCAAACACAUUCCUUUCAGGCACAUUCAGGAGUGGUUAACUACGUGUGUUGGGACUUAAACGGUGACUAUCUGGCUUCUGUUAGCGAGGAAUCUGUGAAAGUGUGGUCGUUAGCUUCAGGGGAAUGCGUUCAUGAGCUCGCUUCCAAUGGAAACCAGUUCCACUCUUGUGUUUUCCAUCCAAGCUAUUCUACACUUUUGGUUAUUGGUGGUACUCGUUCAUUGGAGUUGUGGAACAUGACGGAGAACAAACGCAUGACAGUUCAAGCUCAUGACACCAUAAUAGCUGCUUUGGCACAGUCGCCUGUUACUGGAAUGGUUGCCUCUGCAAGUCACGACAGUUCUGUUAAAUUAUGGAAAUAAACACAUAAGGAUGUGCCCAUUUGUCCACUAAAGGGCGGGCUAUACUGACUAUACACGCCAAAUCAAGGUGCUAAAACCCUGUCAUUAUGCAGUUAUGUUUAAGCCAUAUAUAGCAGUCUAUGUUUUAUAAUUUAUUUUCCACAAUGGAUAGAUUAUAGUCGAGUUAGGAGUAAGGUCAAGUGUAGUAUGUAUAGGUUUAGUACGAGUAAGUGUUUUCUGGUUUGUAAUAAAUUUACCAUUUGGGUUUCCAGAGUUGUUUUAUUAGUUCAUAGUAUUUCA